AUGUCAAAGUUCGGAAUGAACAUACCUGGCUUCAGCAUGAAUUUCGCAGCCACAGGCGGCAGUGACUCUGAUUCUGAUAAGAAGAGCAAGAAAAAAGAUAAAAAAGAGAAGAAGGAAAGCAAAAAUGAAGAAGGCGGAUCUUUCAACUUCUCAUUCGGAGCAUUCGGCUCUAGCUCGGACACAAAGGAGAAGAAGAAGGACAAGGAUAAAGAUAAGAAAAACGACGCCAUUGGAGCAAACUUUUCAUUUAAUAUCAACGCAACGGCACCACCUGAAGAACCUAAGCCAAAGAAGGAGAAGAAACCAGGGCCAGCUCCAACAGCUCAGAUAAUUGUACAACCUCCACAACCCCAGGUUGCUGUUAAUGUUCAGCCACCACAACCACAAGUUGUAGUUAAUGUACAAACCCAGCAGUUGCCACCAAGAAUGAACCCAUCAAACAAAGUGCUCAGCCAGGAUGUCGUAAAUCUCGUUUUACAUCAGCAGGAAGUCCUCUACAAACUUGUUUACAUUCAAGAAGUCAUCAUGGAUCAGCUCGGCAUCAUCCCAGACUGGAGAAUUGUUCCAAACUCCACAAUCAACGUUACCCCAGCCACACCAGUUAAUCCAGUCGUUCCAGUUGUCCCAUCUGGCUCAUUUACCAUCGAUAUGAGCACAGCUAACGUCGAAGUCAAGGAGAAGAAGGACAAGAAAGAAAAGAAGGAGAAGAAAGAGAAGAAACGCAAAGGCUGGACACCACCUGUUACAAACUGCAAGCACAAUUUCUUCAUGCACCAGUGCAAGAAGUGCGGAAUGAAGGAAUGCGACGCAAUUGGCUGCCAAAACUUUGUUUGCGGUAAAUGCACCGUUUGUGGUAAGAAAGAAUGCGACUUUUACGGAGAAUGCAGGAAUUUCAUUUGUGGAAAGUGCAAAGGAUGUGGUCGUCCUCAAUGCGAAGUUACUGGUGAACAUCACAUUAUUUGUGGUGAAUGCACAUAUUGCGGUAAGAGAUUUUAA